AUGGCUAUGCCAAAGUUAGCAUUUCCUCUGCUCCUCUUCUUUCUCUUCUUGGCUCUUACCCCCUCUCAAGCUGAUCCUUUCGGACCACCACUUGUCAGCCCCAUCCAGAAAGAUCCUUCAACCCACCAAUACAUCAUCACAGCAUACCUACAAAGCCCUCAAGAAGAACGAAAAUUACUCUUGGACCUUGGAGCUAGUUACAUCUGGAUUAACUGUGAUGACUACAAUUCAUCCACAUACAAACACAUCCCAUGUACCACCUUGCUUGAUGAAUUAGUCGGCUGCUUUGCUUGCAUGAUGAACUGCAGGGACUCCCAUCCCAAUUGUGGCGACAGUGUUUGUGUAUUGAAGCCUGAGAACCCCUUCGAUCCCAGCUUCUCCCAAAACGGUCCUUAUGCCCCUGCUAUUGUUGAUUAUUUCUCCAUGCCCAAUUUAGAUAAUACAGGCUCCUCAGGAGGACCUUCCCUCUCUUCCCCGUUCACAUUUAUCUUCUCUUGUGGUUCUAAAGAAUAUCUCCAAGGCCUAGCUACAGGUGUCACAGGCUCGGCAGGGCUCGGACGUUCGAACAUUUCGAUCCCAGUACAGGCUAGUGCGAUCUAUCAUUAUCCACGUUAUUUUGCACUUUGUUUGUCAGGCUCUAAAACUCGGCCUGGGCCUUAUAAGUUCGGGAGUAGAAUUGAUCUCUCAAAAUCACUUGUUUAUACACCACUCCUUUUGAACCCUGUUGGGAAAUACUCCUAUCCUGAUCUGAAAAAACCCUCGGAUGAAUAUUUCAUAGGAGUGACUUCCAUUAAAGUUAAUGGAAAGGUGGUAGCCUUGAAUCAAUCACUCUUGCCCAUUGAUAGCGGUAAUGGUUCGGGUGGGACAAAGCUCAGUACUGUUGUUCCGUACACACAGUUAGAGACUUCUAUUUACAAGGCUGUUACUGAGGCAUUCGUGAAGGCAGCAGCGUCUUCUCCUUUCAAUCUUACUACAACAAAACCUGUUCAGCCCUUCAGUGUGUGCUACCCUGCUAGUAAUGUAAAGAGUACGCGUGCUGGACCGACAGUGCCAACCAUUGAACUUGUAUUGCAUAGGAAUGAUGUGGUUUGGAAGAUCUUAGGAUCGAAUUCCAUGGUCAGGAUUACUAAGAAUGGAGGUGUUGAUGUGUGGUGCUUGGGUUUUGUGCGUGCUGGGGUUAAACCAACACCUUCAAGAUUUGUUGGUGAUCCAUCCAUAGUAAUUGGUGGUUAUCAGAUGGAGGAUAAUUUGCUACAAUUUGACUUAGAGUCCGUAAAAUUAGGAUUUAGUUCGUCAAUUCUGUCCAGAGGAACCAAUUGUGCCGACUUUAAAUUUGCGCCAUGA